AUGAUGUUUGGUCGCCCGCCGGCGCCGCAGGUGAACUGGGAGGGGAUGUACUUUUACCAGCGGGUUCACCACCUCGUCGACCACGCGGCCGAUUGGAUGGUCUCGCGCCUCGACUGGUGGCUGCCGUCCAUCGCGGCCGGCAUGGCGCUCAGUCUCCUCAUCCUCAGCGGCGACCCCAUCGCGGAGGGCGGGGCGAUGGUGCUCCCCACCCUCAGCCCCGUCGUGCGCACCCCCAGCUUUGGGCUGCAGCUGCCAGAGCGUGAGGGACAGGCACCAGAAGAGGAGGAGGAGGAGUUUUAG